GUCAUGAUAUAUAAGAAUGGCGCGGGGUCCAGCUGAGCACCAUUCUCACCUCGCUGGCAGCUGACGGAGGAACGCACGAGCAGAGGAACAUCCGAGCAGAGAUGAUGCGCUACGUGUUCCUGCUGGCGGCGAUGGUGUUGGGCGUCGCGUGGGGCCGCCCGUCUGAAACCCUGCAGCUCUCCACUACGCCUCCCACACCCACGAUGCCAACGGUGCAGCUCAUCAAGGACCUGGGGAACCUCAAGAUCCACGUGACACAGAAACCUGAAGGUGACUACGGGCUGCAGGUGUACGACAACAAACUAGAGAAGCUGCUGCAAUCCACGGAGUUCUCAUUGCCUGGAGACUGGAAACCCCCCGGCCUGGAGAAGUCCCGCAUUGUGCACGCUGAAUUCCUGGAGAGCGGGGACGUGGUGGUGGCCUUCUUCAGCCUCGAGAACAGCCUGGACCUUAUUCUGCUGCCCAAGGAACUCUUCGUCUACGAGAAAACAAACUCGGGCGUGAUUGUGUACCCGAAGCUUGAUGUUCCUUGGCACCCUACUGUGUCCUCAUCGACCGAGUACUGGCAAUGGCCUGACACCACCACACCCUACACCACCACCACCACUGCAGCCUACACCACCACUUACUUUCCCACGCCGGAGGUUGAGUAGAGGUAGCGGGUGACAGCAACACAGCAACACACAACACACCACACAGCAACUCAGUAAUACGGUUCAGAGUGGAAGGCUUAUGCUGUGUUUGCUGUGUUGCCUCCAAGUGCUUGUUAGUGAUAAUCGGCCAGUCUGUGUCUGUGUUAGUGUUUUAUUUAUGCGUAGUAAUGUAUAUACACAGCACUGAUGAAUGAAAUGAUAUGAUAUACA